GUGUUCAUUGCUUACGUUCUUCAGAGACCUUUGCCGGACCCUCGCCAUUCCUAGCCCUGAAUCAAUGCCAUACAGUUGACCGCUUUCGACCCUGGGCUCCUGAGACAUUGUAACUCAGUUUCGUGGAAGCUGAGGCCACAGCACUCCUGUUGGACCCACCUGCUGGCAGUCUCAGUGCAUUACGCCAUGUGUAAAUCGUCUAAGGGCGUCCCCCGUGUUUCCAAAAAUGAACAUACUAGAGAAGUUCGUCAGAGGCGUUUUCAAUGUGAUGUCUGGGAUAUAUAACACUUGAAUUGUAAGCAUUCGCGGUCUCCCAAUCCUAACCACACGUCGAACACACGAUGGCACCAUCAGCUAUAUACGAAGAAUCGGACAACAUCAACGGAUCCCAAGUGUUCCAAAGGCCGAAGUUUGAUUUACUCCGCCCUCCCGUCAAUCCCACAAAGAAUGACAUACGAUCACUACCAGACCUGAUUGAUUUCAAUUCAAGAUUCAAUCCGGACCACGUCUUUGCACUCCAAGAGGAGCGCUCAAAUGGUAAACAUGAGAAAUUCGCAGAAAUCACAUUUCGCACAUUGAGGAACCUUGUUGAUGAAGGCGUCCACUGGAUACAACAACAUGUCCCUGGCGCUCAGUCUCCACGGACGAACUCAGAUGGCUCCAUAACGGAUAGCCGGCCAAUCGCACUGUUCCUAGGAAGUGAUCUUACACUGUUCAUUUACCUGUCUGCUCUACUACGAUUAGAGGUCCCUGUCGUUGUUCUGUCUGCCAGGCUUUCACCAGCAGCUGUGGGACACCUACUUACAAAGACGAACGCACAAGCGAUCAUCACUUCCAGUCGUACCAGCAAGGUUGCUGAAGAGGGUAUUGCAGCUAUGGAAUCUCAUGAAACACUUGAGACUCUCACAGCUGCACCCUAUCAGUUCUUCUUGGAGGCUGCAGCACUCUCUGUGAACGAGCGCAGGGAGUCUUGGGGUCCUAGCAAAACUCUCAGAGAGGACAACAGACACGCCAUCUACUUCCAUUCGUCUGGUACCACUGGUCUACCCAAGCCUAUCGGACUUACUCAGCGAUGGCUUCUCGGCUUUGCUGCCUGCCACACUCUCAAGCCCAGUGAAUGUGAAGGCGUCAUGCUCUCUACUCUUCCAUUGUACCAUGGCUUUGGCCAACUCGCACCAACUGUCAGUCUAUCAACCGGCAAGACAUGCUGCUUCCCAUCGGCGUCAAUCAUUCCAUCGGCAAGCUCAACUGUCGAAUUAUUAAGUCGUACCAAGGCGAAUGCCCUUAUGACAGUUCCCAACAUUCUGGAGGAGAUCUCACAGAAUUCCGAAGGGAUGUACGAAGCUCUUGUACCCCUGGACUUCGUAGCUGUUGGUGGUGGAGCUAUAAAAGCUCACGUUGGCGAUUUUCUCACAGACAUGGGGAUCAGUGUUCUGAACCACUAUGGUACCACAGAGCUCGGAGCGAUCGCGCCUUUGUUCGUACCAGAUUCGUCAUACGAUUGGCACUAUAUCAAAAUCCGGAAGGAUCUAGGCCUUGAACUCAAGCGUGCAGAUGCCGAGGGUGAAGAAGGAGAGUUCUGGAAGCUUGUUGGGCAGCCAUUCGGCUGGCCUGAUGAGUUUGAGAUCCAAGAUCUUCUGAUCAAAAAUCCAAAUGCGAAGGGAGAGGAGGUAGAGGUCAAAGUGCUUGGUAGGAAGGACGACAUGAUUGUUCUUGCUACGGGAGAGAAAGUGUCGCCACAGCUUCUCGAACAAGCUCUAAACUCCUGUGAUCAAGUCAAAACGGCUGUCGUCUUCGGACAGCACCGAGAGGAAAUUGGGAUCAUGAUCGAGCCGCUAUCAGCUGUCCCCGAGAGCGGCCGUGAAGAAUUUAUCAACACUAUUUGGCCGAUCGUCGAGAAGACCAACCUGGUUAUGGACCGACACGCCCGUAUCACAAGUCGCAGUGCAAUAUUUCUUAAGCCUGAGGACAAAGUCAUUCCACGCUCCGACAAAGGCUCAGUCAUGCGAAACGAAGUCUUGAGAGUCUUUGAAAACGAAAUCAAUGAAGUCUAUGAAAGACUUGAGAACGAAGGAUCUUCCGUCACUUCCUUCAGCCUUGAUGCCAGCAAUCUGGAGCAGAGCGUCAAAGACGUCAUCCACAUUGCAUGGGAAGGAAGGCUCUCUAAAGAGUCCCUUGACGCCGACGUAGACUUCUUCGAGGCAGGUAUGGACUCAUUGGAAGCGACGCGCGUAGCUCGCUUGUUGAAUGGUGCUGUCAAUAAGGAGCAAUUUGCUGGCCUUACCACUCCUGCGAAGCCAGAUACGAUCUACCGCAAUCCUACAGUCAGCAAACUGGCCAAAGCACUUACCGCUGGAGCUGGACAGGCAUUAUCCCGCGAAGAGCGUAUGAACGCUGCUCUCAGUCGAUUCAACAACGAAAUCGACGCUAUCCCAAGCAGCAGUGGUGCUGUUGUUCUCAUCACUGGCUCGACUGGUAAUCUUGGCACAAAUCUUCUUGAGCAGCUAUGUCGCAACCCUACCAUUUCGCGCGUUGUCUGCCUCAACAGGCGCGAUCCUAAGGGCUCCAUCGCAAAUGCUAUCGACCGUCAGUAUAAGGCUUUCGAGUAUCGUGGUAUGGAUAUGCCCAAAGAAUCCUGGAACAAAGUAGAGAUCAUGCAAGCCGAGACUGGGAAGGACCACCUUGGACUUCCUGAGCAGGACUACACCCGUCUCGUGAGCAGCGUAACUCACAUUAUCCACAGUGCUUGGCCUAUGGACUUCCAGCGGGCCCUGGAGUCCAUGGAGUCUCAGAUUCGUGCUGUGUAUAACUUUAUCGAAUUUGCGGUCAAGAUUCACACAGUCCGACCAGCUGUUCGUCCUAAGCUCAUCUUCACCUCCACCAUCGCUGUUUGCGCGCGAUAUCCCGGCAACGUCCUUCCAGAGAUCUCGAUUGAAGAUCCUUCCUACACGGCGCCAAUGGGAUAUGGCGAAGGCAAAUGGGUAUGUGAAAGGAUGCUCGAGCAUGCCGUGAAGACCCACGGACAGAGCUUCCAGCCUGCAAUUCUGCGUCUUGGCCAGAUGAGUGGCACAACGACUGCUGGCCACUGGGCCAAGGACGAACAUUUCCCGCAGCUUCUGAAGGCCUCGCAGAUUAUUGGUCGAAUGCCGGCUCUCCAUGGUACCUAUUCCUGGCUCCCGAUGGAUGUCGCCGCCCGCACUAUCAUCGACAUCACCCUAGAUGAAACAUCUCCUACCGUCAUUUACCACGUGGAAAACCCGGUCCGUCAAUCAUGGGAAGAACUCGUGCCUGAGCUGGCCCAACGACUCGGCCUCCCCUCCAAGACUCCUAUUCCUUUUGGUGAUUGGCUUGAGCAGGUCUUAGCCAACGGCUCGGUGUCGAACCUUGAGGAGUUCUUCAGUGGCGAGUUCGAGAAGCUGUCUGGUGGCGGCCUUGUUCUGCAUUCAAAGGAGACUCAGGCCGUCUCUAGUAACCUACGCGAGUUCGGCCCGGUGGGUUUGGACCUGCUUGACAAGUACUUGGCAUCCUGGAGGAAGCACGGUGUGUUCCACUUCCUCUUAUUCCUUACAAGCCCGGUAGCCACAACCUUUUCCUCUAUCCUUUGAUCAUGUAUAUCACAGAACGCCCUACCAAUUGCGCAAAUUUCCCUUGUAAUUCUCAUGCUGGCUACUACAUGUAUACCUGAGCGAGUGACGCAUCUCCUUGAGCAAGGGCUCGUCGAAUGUCGGAGAUACUCCGCCAGAGAUCUGAGGGUACUAGGUAUCUCCUUGUACCUGUACUCGGGUCCCCGGAGCCAAGUUUAGCG